AUGGCUGGUGACACGAAAAAACUCAGGAUUGGAAUCAAGAAGAGAAUUCUAGAGGCCGAGUGCAAAAAGAAGAGCAGCAAGGGAGACAGUCUGAGUAUGCACUACACUGGAACUUUGGAGGAUGGCACUGAGUUCGACAGCAGCAUUCCUCGUGGCGACCCAUUCGUAUUUACUCUGGGCGCAGGACAAGUCAUCAAGGGUUGGGACCAGGGAUUGCUUAGCAUGUGUGAAGGUGAGAAGAGACGUCUUGUUAUCCCAUCAGACCUUGGAUAUGGCGACAGGGGAUCCCCUCCAAAGAUCCCCGGUGGUGCUACGUUGAUCUUCGAGGUGGAGCUCAUUCACAUCAACCGGAAAUCGGAAUUAUAG